CUCUCUCUCUCUCUCUCUAUCUCUAUCUGUAUCUCUAUCGCUCUCUCUCUUUCUCCUGCUAAAUGCUAAAUUGCUAAUUCACAUUCCGGAAUUCCACCGCCACGGCCAAAUCAAAAAAAGUUAAGCCCAUGUUGAAAACAGCCACCGCCAUCUUCCUAGGCUUAGCCACCUCGUUCACCUUCUUCCUCCUUUCUCCCGCUCCAAAAUCUACCUUUCACUCCCUCUACACAUCCGCUUCUCUAUCCGACAACACCUCAAUAGCACACCACCUCUACACCCUCACUCGCCGGCCCCACGUUGCCGGUUCAGAGGCCAACGCCGAUGCUGCAGCCUACGUUUUAUCCGUCUUCACUUCCGUCAAUAUCAAAUCCCACAUAGCGUCCUAUGAGGUGUCUCUAACCUACCCAGCACAUCGUUCCCUGUCGCUAACACGUCCACCUCCGGAGCCACCCACCACGUUCAGUCUUCGUCAAGAAAUUUACGACGGCGAUCCAUACGCCGACGUAUCAGACCAAGUUCAGCCUACUUUCCAUGCAUAUGCAAAGUCGGGCACCGUCUCUGCGCCCGUGGCUUAUGUGAACUAUGGGCGCGUAGAAGACUACGUGACGCUGAAGGAAAUGGGGGUGAAUGUGUCGGGUACUGUUGUAUUGGCCAAGUAUGGAGAAAUAUACAGAGGGCACAUAGUGAAGAAUGCGUACGAGGCAGGCGCUAUAGGGGCGUUGGUGUAUACAGACAGGAAGGACUACGGCGGCGGGGGAGGGGAUACACGGUGGUUCCCAGAUGACAAGUGGAUGCCACCCAGUGGGGUACAGGUGGGAACAGUUUACAAUGGGCUUGGAGACCCUACUACGCCUGGAUGGGCGAGCACUGGAGACUGUGAAAGGUUAUCAGAAGAGGAAGUAGAGAAAGGCGGGGAUGUUCCUCUGAUACCUUCAUUGCCAAUAUCUGCGGCAGAUGGUGAAACAAUCUUGAGAUCGAUUGGUGGACAUGUUGCUAAAGAGGAUUGGCAGGGAAGCAAAGAUGCACCUACCUACAGGGUCGGACCAGGGCCAGGGAUUGUCAAUCUCAGUUACACUGGAAAGCAAAUCAUAGGGACAAUUCAGAAUGUCAUUGGUGUGAUUGAAGGAGCAGAAGAGCCUGAUCGAUUUGUCAUACUGGGUAAUCAUCGGGAUGCAUGGACUUUUGGAGCCGCUGAUCCCAACAGUGGCACCGCAGCAUUGCUACAGAUUGCAGAAAGACUGGGGAAGAUGCAGAAAGAAGGGUGGAAACCUCGAAGAACAAUUGUGUUGUGCAAUUGGGAUGCGGAGGAAUAUGGCCUGCUAGGAUCAACCGAAUGGGUAGAAGAGAACAGAGAAAUGCUAGCUUCAAGGGCUGUUGCGUACUUAAAUGUUGACUGUGCAGUAGCUGGACCAGGUUUCCAUGCCUCUGCAACUCCCCAGCUCGAUGAACUGCUCAAACGAGCAACUCAAGAGGUUCGAGACCCAGAUAACCCAUCACAAAGUCUAUACGAUUCAUGGGUCGGUUCUAGCAAUUCUCCCCUGAUUGGGAGGUUGGGAGAUGGAGGAUCAGAUUUUGCAGCUUUUGUACAACAUGUAGGGAUUCCAGCAACUGCAAUGUUUUUUGGAGGAGGGUACCCUGUAUACCACUCAAUGUACGAUGACUUUAUCUGGAUGCAAAAAUUUGGUGAUCCGAUGUUUCAUAGACAUGUUGCAGUGGCAAGUGUUUGGGGUUUAGUAGCCCUUUGGUUAGCAGACGAGGAGUUUUUGCCUUACAACUAUCUCUCCUAUGCACGGGAGCUGCAGACAUACACAAAGGACUUAAAAGUUGAGAUCUCAGAUAAGAACAUAAGCCUAACUCCUUUGUUCAAGUCCAUAGAGGAGCUCCAAAAAGCAGCCGCCACAGUGAUCAACCAGAGAAAGGCAAUAGAAGAAAGAAAAGGUUGGGCAUCAAUCUGGAAUAAAGACCACUUGAAGGUGCGAGAGCUGAAUGACAGGCUAAUGAUGGCAGAGCGUGCAUUUACAGACCAAGAUGGACUCUCUCAAAGGUCAUGGUAUAAGCAUUUGAUUUAUGGGCCCUCAAAGCACAAUGACUAUGAAUCUAAAUCAUUCCCUGGGAUAAAUGAUGCCAUUGAGGAGGCAAAGUAUGUGAAUACUGCAGAGGCAUGGCAUUUAGUACAACAUGAAGUUUGGCGAGUCUCUCGAGCUGUCAGACAUGCCUCACUAAUUCUCAAUGGUGAACUAACAUGAAUAUGCACAAUAUCUAUUCCCCGUUUUGAUGUGGUUCAUGAACAUCAUGUAUCGUAACAGAAGUCAAAAGAGGCACAUAUCCUUCUUGUUUUCUAAAUCUGGUCAGACUAUCUGUGCCACUAUCGCAAGUCCUAAUCAAAUAAUUUGUUGUUAGAAUCUUCAAAACGA